UGCAUCUGAGCACAUAGCGGUCUCCUCUCCAGUCCUCAGCUUUUCGACUUUCUACAGUAAUGUAUCCUCCCCGACGUCGCUUUCUUAGUGAAGUUGAGUGAACACGUUGAGGAGCCCGCUCUCUGUUGGAUCCAUGUGGCUUUGUGGCUUUACCUGGACUCACUACACACAUUCUCUUUUCUGCCGCAACGCGGGACUCUCAACCACCGUUGGUGGCAAAAUAAACAGACGUUGAUUGAGAAGGAAGUGUUGAUGCACAGUUGUAGAAAAGUGUCAACCACUAAACGUUGAGUUGUUAGAGGCUACCUGCGUAUGCACUGCAGUGGAGUUCCUCUCUAAACUGGAAUCAGCAGAGGAUAAAAGAAGGAUUAAUCACAGAAGUGCACGAUGCUGAGAUACCAGACGGUCCUUUGGACUUUCUCAUUGCUGUCUGUUGCAGCUGGAUCCGAUUUUAAAGCACGUAACUGCAGUGGGGUUAAAGAAGCUUCUAUUGCAAAAGGCUUCAGCUUUGAAAAUGUUCCUCUCCAACAAAUGUCAGGUGACCAUCUCCGGGUAUGUCCCCAGGGCAAUACCUGUUGCAGUUCAGAAAUGGAGGACAAGUUUGGUCAACAAAGCAAGCUGGAGUUAGAGAACCUGGUUGAUGAAACUAGUAAAGAAUUGCGAAGCACCUUCGUCUCCAGACAUAAAAAGUUUGAUGAGUUCUUCCUGGAGCUGCUGGAGAACACGGAGAAGUCCCUGAACGAGAUGUUCGUGCGGACCUAUGGCAAGCCUUACAUGCAAAACUCAGAAGUCUUCCAGAACCUGUUUGCCGAGCUGAAGCGCUACUACACUGGGGGCAACGUGAACCUGGAGGAGAUGCUCAACGACUUCUGGUCGCGGUUGCUGGAGCGCAUGUUCACGCUGCUCAACUCCCAGUAUGUCAUCACAGAUGACUAUCUGGAGUGCAUCAGCAAGUACACAGACCUGCUCAAACCCUUUGGAGACGUGCCCAGGAAGCUCAAGGCUCAGGUUACAAGGGCCUUCAUUGCAGCCCGCACAUUCGUCCAGGGGCUCUCGGUUGGUCGAGAGGUGGCCAACAGGGUGUCCAAGGUGAGCAGCACCCCAGCGUGUAUCCGAGCACUGACCAAGAUGAUGUACUGCCCAUACUGCCAAGCCAUGCCCUCCGUGAAGCCCUGUAACAACUAUUGUCUGAACGUCAUGAAAGGCUGUCUCGCCAACCAGGCCGAUCUGGACCCAGAGUGGAACCAGUACAUCGAUGCCAUGUUGCUGGUGGCACAGAGGCUGGAGGGACCCUUCAACAUCGAGUCUGUCAUGGAACCCAUUGAUGUCAAGAUUUCGGAGGCCAUCAUGAAUAUGCAAGAUAACAGUGUCCAAGUCUCCUACAGGAUUUUUCAAGGCUGCGGCCAACCAAAGCCCUCAGGAAUGGGCGGCAGGUCUACCCGGGGCGUCUCGGAUGUUUUCAACGCCCGCUUCAGGCCCUACAGCCCAGAGGAGCGGCCCACCACUGCAGCUGGCACCAGCCUGGACAGACUGAGGACUGUCUGGAGUGCAAUGCAACACAGUGUGAUUGACAUCAAGGAGAAACUGAAGCUGUUCAAGAAGUUGUGGUCCAACCUGCCUGAGGACAUCUGCCAGCCACACAGGGUGACAGCAGGGAAUGCCACCGAUGACGACCAGUGUUGGAAUGGGCACACCAAGGGCAGGUAUUUCCCAGAGGUUAUGAAAGACGGAUUGACCAAUCAGGUGAAUAACCCGGAGGUGGGCGUGGACAUCACCAGGCCUGACACGUUCAUUCGCCAGCAGAUCAUGGCUCUGAGAGUGAUGACAAACAAGUUAAAAAAUGCCUACAAUGGCAAUGAUAUCUACUUUCAAGACUCAAGUGAUGAGGGCAGUGGCUCAGGCAGUGGCAGCGGCUGCACGGAGGCCUGCGUCACUGAGUUUGACUUUGCCAGCACCGAGGCACCGGUGGUGGGAGCGGACCGGAGCGGGAGCGGCCCGGUGGAGGAUUCAGCAGCAGCCACACACCCUGCCUCCUCAGCAGCCCUGCUGGCCAGCCUGGCCCUCUCAGUCCUGGCACUGCACAGGCUAUGGAGAUAAUGCUGGGGGAACUCACCCAACGUGGACAGAAGGAUCUCUCUCUACGGUGUGUUUUUCUACUCAAGCAGACUGGAGCUACAGUCAAGCAGACAGUAUUCAGGCAGCCUUGGCCUCUCGGAUAGGUAGAGGGGUCUUCUCUGCUCUGGAGACAGCAGUCAUGCAUCCUGGAUCCCCCUUCCUCCUCCUAAAGUGUCUGGUCAUUGGUGCCAUCCUUAGGCAGGACUUCACAUGACUCCCGUCACUCCAAAAUAGAAACAGUUGAUCCACCGUCAAACAUUGUUCAAGAAGCCCAAAGGAAUUACUUUUUUCUGGCAUAAGGCAGAUGUUAUUAGGUCUCCAUGAGAAAAAGUAAUUGCACUUUUGGUCUAUUUUUUUUAUGCUAUAGAAGAUGAUUAUGUUGUACCACUGUGAGAUUGUGGAGAGGGUGCACCAAGAGGUGAUCAGAAGAUAGAACUAGAACAUGUCUACUAUGGUGUAAGGUGAUCUCAGCUGGCAGGUAUUUUACUUGUUGACAGGUCAGCAGUGCAUUUCUUCAUUCAUAAAACAAACCCGAAUUCCCCAAAAUCACAGAAAAAUACCAUAGAUACAGUAUGGCUUUCACAUUAAUUGUUGAUUUCGUCCUUGGUUCUUCUGCUUUAAAUAUUAUUGAAUAUUUUUCUACAUUGACAGAAAUACAUACAUAUGAUACAUAUGAAACAUGUUUAAUGUUAAUCAGGUAAAGUAAAAUAUUGUACAACUCAAACACUAUAUAUACAAAAGUAUGUGGACAUCCCUUCAAAUUAGUGGAUUUGGCUGUUUCAGCCACAUCUGUCGCUGACAGGUGUAUAAAAUCGAGCACACCGCCAUGCAAUCUCAAUAGACAAACAUUGGCAGUAGAAUGGCCUUACUGAAGAGCUCAGUUUGUCAAAUUUCUGCCCUGCUAGAGCUGCCUCUGUCAACUGUAAGUUCUGUGAUUGUGAAGUGGAAACGUCUAGAAGCAACAACCGCUCAGCCGUGAAGUGGUAGGCCACACAAGUACAGAGAACGGGACAGCUGACUGCUGAAGCGCAUAGCGCAUAAAAAUCAUCUGUCCACAGUUGCAGCACUCACUACCGAGUUCCAAACUGCCUCUGGAAGCAAUAUUAGCUCAAGAACUGUUAGUCGCACAAGACUAAGAUCACCAUGCUCAAUACUAAGCGUUGGCUGGAGCAGUGUAAAGCUCGCCCCUCAUUGGACUCUGGAGCAGUGGAAACGCGUUCUCUGGAGUGAUGAAUCUCGCUUCACAAUCUGGCAGUUCGACAGACGAAUCUGGGUUUGGCAGAUGCCAGUAGAACGCUACCUGCCCAAAUACAUAGUGCCAACUGUAAAGUUUGGUGGAGGAUAAAUAUUGGUCUGGGGCAGUUUUUCAUGGUUCCGGCUAGGCCCCUUAGUUCCAGUGAAGAGAAAUCUUAAACCUACAGCAUACAAUGACAUUCUAGGCGAUUCUGUGCUUCCGUCUUUAUGGCAACAGUUUGGGGAAGGCCCUUUCCUGUUCAGCAUGUCAAUGCCCCCGUGCACAAAGCAAAGUUCAUACAGAAAUGGUUUGUCGAGAUCGGUGUGGAAGAACUUGACUGUCCUGCACAGGGUCCGUGCCUCAACCCUAUCGAACUCCUUUGAGAUGAAUUGGUGAAAUAAAUCAAAUAAACGCCGACUGCGAGCCAGGCCUAAUUGCCCACCAUCAGUGCCCGACCUCACUUAAUGCUCUUGUGGCUGAAUGGAACCAAAGGGGGGACCAACUCCAUAUUAAUGCCCAUGAUUUUGGAAUGAGAUGUUUGACGAGAAGGUGUCCACAUACUUUUGGCCAUGUAGUGUGUCCAAUAUAAGUUUUUACCAUUUACUGCAUUC